CUGACAUCUAGUAAAACCAUCACGUCCUCGUUGCUAUGAAAGCGGAUUAUUGAAGGUCAUAAACUUCCAAUCCUUUUGAUGUUGAUUUAAUAAAAUAAUUUGGAGAUCCACGUUAUCUACAUACUGGAUAUUGGAAUUACUUGCUAAGAAGAGUGUAGAAGGGGAAACGUCUGCGCGGCGGAGCUACCCACGCAUCCGGCUGCCACGCUGCUUGCAGCAUUUAGCAGCGUGCCGGCGCGCAUCACCACACUGUGUUGCCUCGCAUUGCUAAGGGGGGUUUGUAUGUCGCACUGACGCUUCAGUCUGCCGCGAAACUUCGUGGCGAAUAGUUGGUCUCGUCUAUGUUAGUUCUUCUCAUUAUACUCUCGUCUCGUGGACACUAUCAGCUGUCAAACUGUUGUACUUUUAAUGUUUUUCACUGUGAAUUUAUUUCAAUAAUGAAACUUUUAGUUUAAUGAAAAGUUUUUAACUACUUUGAACAACUUUCAAGUGAUCAAGAAUUUUUUUUUCGUCAACUUUUUAUUUGGAUAAAAUUUUUCUGGAUCUUUCUGAUAUUUUUGGAAAAUCCUUGAGGGAUUGGAAACUUCAAGAGGUUUUAAAAGCCAUUUAAUCUCUACCUAAACAUCUCUAAGGCAUAAUCUCAAAUUACAAAAAAUUUAAUAAAGAAACGGUGGAUGUACUAAGACGAUGGCAUCAUUUCUGAAACUCGUUUCAGUCAUUUUAGUUAUUUAUUCUUUCCUUUCAACUGGAAAUGGAGAACUCUAUACUGCUCUUGCGGAUAUGGAAGAACUACUCGAAACAGAAUCAGUGCUUAUUGAUACUCUCCACGGAUAUAUUAAAGCUCAAGAACAACGAUUAGAUACUUUAAGAAGGAAUGUGGAAGAUUACUCUAGAGAGCACGAAGAGGCAUCUCGUAACAUACAACAGUAUCUUUCAAAUCCAAUAAACGCGUAUUUGCUCGUAAAACGACUGACAACAGACUGGAAAAGGGUAGAAGAGUUGAUAACAGAGGAUGUAGGAAAAGCAUUUGUAGCAAACAUCACGAACUCUCGAAGUGACCUCAAGUUUCCAACGGAUGAGGAUCUAAAUGGUGCAGCGGUAGCGCUUAUAAGACUGCAGGACACGUACAAACUCGAUACAUCCCAUGUCGCCAGAGGAGUCCUCAAUGGAGUGCAGUACAGUACAGGCUUGAGUGCUGGAGACUGUUUCGAGCUUGGGCGACAGUCAUAUAAUAAUGGUGACUACUAUCACACUGUACUGUGGAUGCAAGAAGCCAUGAAUCGACUUCAAGAAGAACAGAAUAGAACAACUACAAAUAAACCGGAUAUUCUUGAGUACCUUGCAUUUUCUACUUAUAUGCAAGGUAACGUAGCACGUGCCUUGAGUAUGACGAAUGAGCUUCUAGAACUUGUACCCAGCCAUCAAAGAGCCCUCGGCAAUCGAGCGUAUUAUCAGGAAGAAAUACAAAAGAAUCUGGAUAAAAAAAGCAGGGGUGAGGAUGGAAAAAGUGAUGUUCCACUUACAAGCCAAUUCACUGUGGUUGAAAAGAAAGUCAAAACAAUAGAGGAAAUGACUGAGCGAGAGAGGUAUGAAAUGCUGUGCAGAGGAGAAGUUCCUUUAUCACCUAGAAUACAGAAGAAUUUGAAAUGUCGUUAUGUUGAUCGUGGAAUACCUUUUCUCAAGAUUGCUCCAUUCAAAGAAGAAGAGGCUUAUUUAGAUCCACGAAUUGUUAUUUAUCAUGAUGUUAUAUAUGAUGAAGAAAUAGAUACUAUAAAGAAACUGGCACAACCAAGAUUCAAGCGUGCGACCGUACAAAAUUACAAGACUGGUGAACUGGAAAUUGCAAACUACCGAAUCAGCAAAAGUGCCUGGCUCCAAGAAUAUGAGCACAAACACGUACAAGCAGUGAGCCGAAGAGUCGAGCAUAUGACUAGCCUGACUGUCGACACGGCUGAGGAGCUGCAGGUGGUCAAUUACGGUAUUGGAGGUCAUUACGAGCCGCACUUUGACUUUGCUCGGAGAGAAGAGACCAAUGCAUUUAAGAGUCUUGGAACUGGCAACCGCAUUGCUACAGUUUUAUACUACAUGAGUGACGUAGAGCAAGGAGGUGGCACGGUAUUCACAGCGAUAAAUAUAUCCUUGUGGCCUAAGAAAGGUAGUGCGGCUGUGUGGUAUAAUCUUAAACCAAAUGGAGAGGGUGAUUAUAAGACUAGACAUGCAGCUUGUCCAGUUCUUACUGGAUCUAAAUGGGUGGCGAAUAAAUGGCUACAUGAGAGAGGUCAAGAGUUCUUGAGGCCAUGUACGCUAGAGAAUCAACCCCCAGAUGACGACGUAGGCAGAUAUUAAAAGCUUUGCACAGUCUCUCGUGUUAUCAUCUCACUGGUUUUCUUCUACGUGACUCUUGCACUUGACAGGAAUACUAACAGAUCGCAAAGCUAAAGAAACUGUAAAUUUUUGUAGAAAAAAUUUGCUUAAAAUGGAUAAACAUUUGUGAAUUUACGAGAUAAACAUUUUUGAAUAUACUGGAGACUAGAACAUAUCUCUGUGAAAAAAUUUUUAAAAAUGUAAUGACUCGUAUGAGCUUCUUCAAGUGCAGUUGCUUAGGAUUCUGCAUUUAUUUAACGUCAUGGCUUUGUUUGUGGCAUACUUGUAGUUUAUUAUUUGUAAUUUGUAAUGAAAGAUAUGAAGGUAGUGAGUUUUGCCACUAAUAAAGUCAUACCGUUUGUACCUAGUAUAUUCAAUUAAUAAGAGUUAACAAAUAUAGUAACAAACAAAAAAAAAUAGAAAAAAAAGAAAAGAGAAAAAAAUUCAAGUAUACUGAAUCACAUUUUAUGAACCAACGACUUACUUUAAUGAAAUUGUAUGAAAUAUCAUUUUGUAUUAUAAUAUUCUAGUAUUCUUAGUAUUCUUAAUAGACAAUAUAUAAGUUGAAAUGUAAAUUCUGGUACUAAUAAUCAUGAAUGACAGACUUAUAUUUAUUUGUUAUAAUCGAGAUUAUUAGUCGAUACAGUGAUAAGAACCAAAAAAAAAAUAAAGUAAAAACCCCAGUGAAUAAUUAUUGAUAAAUGAGAUUUUCCAGGGAAAUGUUUAGGUCAGUGAAAAACAGCUAAUAAUUUUUAAUUAGAAUUAACAAAAAAAAAUUAAUUAUUAAGUUUGCAAAGCGGUACAACUAUCUUAAUAUAAUAAAAUAAAUCAUUUUUAAAUUAA